AAAAAGAAAAAAAACAAUUAAUCGCCAAACUGCCGGUUCAAACCGGUAACCCGACGGUUCGAACCGACGGUUUAGAAUAUAUAAACAAACUUUAGCUCAAGCUUCAACUCUGGAAAUCAGCCGCCGUCGAAGAUCUACUGUGGCUGCGAGUUGCAGAUCUGAAUACAAUCAUGGCGGAGAAAGAAGAUCAAACUGCUAUGAACGAGGUUAAAGAUGAUGUUGGAGAUAUAACUUCUUUUGAUCCUACAAAAAAGAAGAAAAAGAAGAAAGUCGUGGUUCAAGAUCUAGUUGAAGAGGAGCCUGUUGAUACCCUAGUUGAGAAAACCGAGAGCUUGACUGUUUCUGAUACUGUCGAAACUUCAUUUGCUGGUCUUAAAAAGAAAAAGAAGAAGCCAGCACCUACAGAUCUGAAUGAAGAAAAAGAGAAUGUUGUGGAGAACUCAGAAGAUAUCAAUGGAGAAGAUGAGGAUGGGGAAGGAAUUGUUUUACAACAAUAUCCUUGGGAAGGAACUGAUCGAGAUUAUGAGUAUGAGGAGCUUCUUGGCCGAGUCUUCAACAUUCUUCGUGAGAAUAACCCAGAGCUUGCUGGAGAUCGGCGCAGGACAGUUAUGAGACCACCUCAAGUUCUUCGAGAAGGCACCAAGAAAACCGUCUUUGUGAAUUUCAUGGAUCUCUGCAAAACGAUGCAUCGACAACCAGAGCAUGUCAUGACUUUCUUGCUGGCUGAAAUGGGUACAAGUGGUUCUCUGGAUGGGCAACAAAGGUUGGUGGUCAAGGGAAGGUUUGCCCCAAAGAACUUUGAGGGAAUUCUGCGAAGAUACAUCAAUGAGUAUGUUAUCUGCAAUGGCUGCAAAAGUCCUGACACUAUCCUCUCAAAGGAGAACCGUCUCUUCUUUCUCCGAUGCGAAAAGUGUGGGUCUGGACGAUCGGUUGCUCCUAUCAAGGCUGGAUUCGUCGCCCGUGUUGGUCGCAGGAAAGCCGGAACCUAAAUGUUGCUUGCCCGUGUUGGUCGCAGGAAAGCCGGAACCUAAAUGUUGCUUCUCCUCCUCAAACGGUACGGUACAAAGACUUACUAAUAUCUUAGCAAAAAAACUUUCCUUAGCUGUGUUUGUAAACUUUUUAAUGUGAUGUGGAAGAUUGCCUGCCGCAUUCUCUAACUAUCAGGAUAUAUAUGGAUAUACUAGUGAUGUGAUAAUGAAUGCACGGUUUUAAUUAUUAUUUUUAUAAUUAUAUUUUUAAAACUAAA